UAUGUUGAUUCAGCCUUCAAAUAGGAUUGCGCAUGCGCGUAACCUCCGAUUUGCCUUCGAAAACGAAGGGGAAGACGACGCAAAAUGUCUUUUAUAAAGCUGGUGGCGCUGUGCGCCGCGGCUCCGGGGGUGCUGCCGACUGCCGCCGCCUGCGAGGGCGCAAAAGGGAGCGCACAGCCGGCCAUGAGCAUCGACGAGCUGCCGUCUCUGUACAGCAGACCCGAGGAGGAUCGCCGUCGCGUGGAUCCGACGUCGGCGGCGGGCGCGUUGGAGCACAGCGUGGCAUCAUUGAGAAAAUGGGCGGAGCCAUACGUAGACCAAUGUCAGCAAGCGGGAAGCACAGCGGCGGACAAAGUUGAGGAAGUGUACAGUAAGGCGGAGCCCGCCAUUUCCGCCUCCACCGCCGCAGUCACAGACGCGUACCAGUUGUUCAGCGCGCCGCCCCCCGACCUGUACCCCAGCGUGGCGGUGGUGGGAUUCUCGGGCUUGCUCGGACUCUACUUGGCCCGAGGGUCGAAGGUGAAGCGCGUGGCGUUUCCGAUGGGCCUCGCGGCGCUCAGCGCCUCCGUGUUCUACCCUCGGCGGGCCGCCUCGCUCUUCAAGGUGAGCCAAGACUUGACGUGUGCGUGGGUUCAGCGCGGCUGCGUGGCCGUGGAGACUCUCUGGAAAGAUCCGCCGUUCGGCAAAAAGAAAUCUGACAAGACGGAGCGGCGGGAGAGCGGCAGCACGUCUGGCUGAAGACAGAAAAGUCACGUGCCCUCACACACGCGAAUUAUGACCAUUAUGAACCAUGAGUUGGAAUGAUUCAUUUGUUUUUGUUUCUAUUCAUUGUGCACAGCUACGUGAUGGAUUCUCACCACGCAACUCGGACUAACUGCGUGUUAACGUGUCUCAAAUGCAGAGACACUCUUAUGAUUUAUUAUUAAUGAUAUCAUAUACAGUAAUAGUCCCACUCGGACAGACGGAAGUUGUGACACACAAGCAAUCAAAUGAUGCAUUUUAAUUGGCCCAUGUCAACAUGAGAAUGAAUUGUGCUGCAGAAAUUGUUUGAUAAAAUGUCACAAUAAAUAUAUCUUCACUGUUAUUGGUCCAAUGAUU